CUCUCCAGAGUGCACCACCAUGGAGACGUCCUUGAGCACCAGGCCGCUGCGCACCCUGCCGCUGAGCCUCUUCAGACAGCCGCCGCUCUCCACCUGUUGCGACAGGGCGAAUUAAUUUUCGUGGAACAUCCGUCAAAAGUUCAAAAGCCAGCCAAGGUCUCGAUGCGCGUCUGAGCAUAACUCACGCGAUAGAUUCCUCGGGGGCCGACUUUUGAAGUGCAAUAAAUUUCGAUUCGAAAACUUGUUACUCGCCUGUCCGGUGUGGAAGAUGUUGCAGAGCUCGAGCACAGACGGCUGGUGUCGAGCGGACAUCUUCAUUAGCACCUGUUGCUGGUCGAAAAAUUGAAAUUCUCAAAGGCAGCAGUGCAUUUUAUUUUUGACGAGAGAGCUGUGUUUUUUUUCAGGUCCACUGCGGCCGAGCAGCGAGCGAGGAAAACAACAACGCGCAGGCAGGUAAAGGAGAGGUUUUUAACUCACGCCCAGGGUAUGGAACACACGUCACUGCAACUUUAGUUUAGGUCCCUUCCACUAGAGCGAGAGGCAUUCUACCCUGACGGGUCCAUCCGACUGCGAUCAAGCAAGAGAGUCAUGGAGGCAGAGCGAUGCUAACAAAACCCAGGGCAGGAUGAACGAAAGACGCUAUUCGGUGCCGUCCCUCAACGAGCCGCGGCUCCACGAGCUCGCUUCGGAGGAUCUGCACGCGUGGUCCAUUUACAGACAAAACCUCAACUCGGACUUCGCCGACUCGGCCCUGGGAGCGGGCGAGAAAAGCCCUCUGCCCUACGGAAACUUCCAGCUCAGAGAAUCGACAGUUCGGUCCAUUUUGCGGCACCCCCGCUACGGACCGAAGAGCGAGCUGACGGGCAACAUGUACACCUACCUCAAGUUUGGUCUGCCGCGCGUUUUUCCGCCCGUCCGGAGGGACAACUCGAGCGGCUACGACUCGAGCGACGACGGCUCGCCGCGCGCCCCCAAGGGUGGCGGCGGAGGCGGCGGCGUUUUGCGCAGCCGGAGCGAGACGGCGCUCAACGUGAUGAGCAACCAGCCGCUGCGCAGCGCCAGCGAGGCCAACUUGCUGUCCAUGUCCGAGUUGCGGCCGAAGCGCAGGACCGUGCACAAAAGUCUGCCCAACUUCCAGCUGCGCAACGUGCACUACGAAAAAGGGCCGAGCCGAGUUUUGGAGACGAUAAACUUGGAGGCCCGCGGCGGAGACAUGCUGGGAAUUAUGGCCACCUCGAGAACGGAAGGAGGCGCGCUGCUCGAUAUCAUCUCGGGCCGGCUGCGGGCGACCAAAGGCGAGGUCUGGCUCAACGGGCGCUACGUCAGGCCGCGGGCGCUCAAAAAACAUUUCAGUGUUGUGAAAAGGGAGUGCGAAAACUUUGACGCCAGUCUGACGGCCAAGCAGACGCUCAGGUUCCACUCGUGGCUCAGCAACGCGCCCAACGCCAAAGUGAGAAGAGCAGAGGUUGAGGCUCUAUUAUCUCAACUGGGCCUGAGUCAAGUUCGAAAUACUCGUAUCGGCGCUUUAACUCACUCAGAACGGAUACGUUUGCAACUUGCGUGUGCAUUGCUGCAGGGAUGCGACAUGAUCGCGCUGGACGACCCGUCGCGCAACAUGGACAUUUUUGACACCUUUUUCCUGCUCGAGUUUCUGCGGCAAUGGGCCUCGGCGGGUCCGCGCAUCGUCUUCCUCACCAUCCAUCCACUCACUUUUGAAAUAUUCAGCAUGCUGAGCAGGGUCACACUUCUCUGCGCCGGCCGUCUGGCCUUCUCUGGCCGCCGAACAGAAAUGCUGCCCUAUUUUGAGCACAUCGAGUACCCCUGCCCCGCAUUCAAAAACCCCUCGGAUUAUUACAUCGACUUGGUUACACUGGACGAUUUGUCAGCCGAAGCAAUGCUCGAGUCGAGUCAGCGGAUCCAGCAAUUGACCGAAGUUUUUGCGAAUCGCCAACCGCCUUUGUCAGAUCCAGGACCACCCCUUGAACCACCCUCGGUCUCGAAACCACCCGGAUUCUUUCUUCAAAUCUGGGCACUCCUUUUACGCGGUUUGAUUCUGCGCUGGCCGCUGUGUCUGGUGCGUUUUUCACACAACCUGCUGCUGUGCGCCGCCCUGUCCGUGGCGAUCGGUGCCAUUUUCUGGGACCUGCGAAACCCCGCGGCCUCCCAGGACUCCCUGCCCGACUGGCUCAGUUUUUACGUGGUCAUGAUGGGAAUGUGGAACAUCCCUUUGAGCUUCUGGACGGCGCUGGCCAAACGACCCAACGACAAAAACUGCAUCUGGCAACCGGUGCAGGCUCUUUGCAAGGUUUUGCUUGACAUCCCUCCCUUGCUGUGUCUGUCGCUGGCGUUUUUCGCCCCCGCCUACGCGAUGAGUGGCAGCGUGACUGCUCCCCCGCGGGCAGACUUGUUCUCCAUUUAUAUAGGCAUUUCGAUGCUGUACGCGCUCUGUUCGCACGCGGCGAUGCAGUUUUUCCUUGCACUCACCCCAAAAUCCCCCAUUAUGGGCUGUACCUUGGCUCUGGGCACCAACUGGGUGUUGCUCUUCUCCUGUGGCUAUCCGCUGCACCUGCAAGACCUUGGUCAGGCGUGGAUGCAGUUUGUCUCUCCUGUUCGCUGGGUGCUCGACGCGCUGGUGCGGCCUGAAUUGCUGCAAGUCACCUCCGUCACCUGCAGACCAGUCCAGGUUCAACGUCAGGACAUUAUCGUCCAGCUUCCAUGCGCCCUAAACUCAGGUCUGGACGUUCUCCGACCCCUGCAUCUGUCCGACGGCUGGCCGUGGAAUGAACCGCUACCUGUGCUUUCCAGUGCCGUCGCUAUAUUGACUCUAGUGUGGACUAUUUUUGCCUACUUUGCACUCGCCCUGAACUGAUCGUUAGUAAAAAAAGAGUGUUUUCCCGUUGUGAUGAAGCCCAAAGUUUCCUCGCAUAUAGUUUUAAUAAUCCAGCCCCUGCCAUUUGAGAGCCGUCCAACGAAACAAGUGUUUUUUUUCUGCAUUUAGCUCUUCUUAGUUUAUUUUAACAUUGCAAAAUUACAAUUGAAAGGAUUUGAACAUUACAAAGGACUUAAAAUCUACAAAGUUAGUUAUAAAUUAUUCAGAAAGGGCGUCCUCGUCGGUUCUGACGCCUGUCCAUGUUGCCCCUCUCCAUGCCCAGUCUGUCCGGCAUGGAGCGCUCCAUGCCCACCCGGUCCAUCCUAUCCAUGCCCAUAGUUUCAGACGGCGGGAAGAUGCCAAUGUCCAGGAAGUCUCCAAUUCGGAAUCUGCAGCAACAUGAACAAUUUGUAAAAAAAAAAUGUUUAGAGUUCAACAAGGUUGUGUGAAUGCUUGUUUGGGAAUGGAAGAAGUCGACGUUCAGGUUGUGAAGAUUGUGGAUUUUAGUUGGACUUAAUUAAAUGUUUAACAAAGUUGUAGUAAUUUAUCACAAGACAAUAAAUUAUAAUUUGUGUACA